AUCCCAAUUCACAUUAUUUUCAGAUUGGCCUGAAACAUGAGUCAAACGGCUGCCAUCACGAGCCAACUGGCUGCCACGACGAUAACACACACCGAGAAGAAGCAGAAGGAAAACAAGCCAGAGGCGGAGAAAAACUCCACCGAAAUGAUGAGUAAUGGGGGCACCGCUGAACAAGAGCAAGAAUUCGUCGAUCCUUUUUGCAACGCUGAUAAUCCUCAGAUAAUUACCUUUCAAGAUGUUACUUCGGCGGCGUUCAAAAUAAAGAAAGGAAUCGAGUACACACCGUGUCCGAGAUCGCACCUUUCGGAAAUGAUAGAUAUGGACAUUUACCUGAAAAAGGAAUUCCUUCAGUUUACCGGCAGCUUCAAAGAACGCGGAGCCCGAUAUGCCCUACUUAUGCUGACCGACGAACUGAAGAAGAAGGGAGUUAUUUCGGCUUCUCUUGGUAACCAUGCUCAGGGACUUAGUUACCACGGCUGGAAACUGGGAAUUCCUGUGACAGUUGUCAUGCCGUGCAAGGCGUCUCUCAUGAAAAUACAGAAAUGUCGCAACUACCAUGCUACCGUCGUAGUUCAGGGUGUUGAUAUGUGUGAGGCAAAAAAGAUUGCCCUCAGAAUGGCUCACGAAACGGGACUGACGUACAUCAACGGGUACGACCAUCCGCACAUCAUGGCAGGUCAAGGCACAAUAGGAUUGGAAAUUGUGGAGCAAGUGAGCGACAUUGACGCCGUGGUUGUCCCGGUUGGUGGAGGCGGACUCAUCGCUGGAGUUGCUACCGCCAUUAAGAGCUUGAGCCCGCAAACCAAAAUCAUUGGUGUGGAGUCGGAAAAGUGCCCCAGUUUCACAAAGGCAUUGGAAAACAAAGCACCAAUAUACACUCCCAACAAUGCAACGUUAGCCGAUGGUUUGGCUGUGCCGCAAGUUGGUUAUAAUGCAUUUGCCACGACCAUACCCUUGUUGGACAAAAUGAUAGUAGUGAAGGAAGAGUGGAUUGCUCUGGCCAUUUUGAGAUUAGUCGAGUUGGAAAAAUGUGUUGUCGAAGGUGCUGGGGCUUCGGGAUUAGCCGCAAUUCUCGCUGGUCAUUUGGAUGAGUUCAAAGGGAAGAGAGUUGUCCUACUGGUAUGCGGUGGAAACAUUGACACUACCAUGUUUGGUCGAUGCUUGGAGCGUGGUAUGGCGGCAGAAGGUCGAUUGCAAAGAUUCACCGUUCGGGUCAGCGAUGGCCCUGGAGGGGUGUCAAAGUUGUGCAACCUGUUGGCCAAUCUUGGCGUUUCGAUUAAAGAUAUAAUGCAUGAACGUGCCUUUAUUCGAGACGUGAAUUCUGUUGAGGUCAAAGUUAUCUGCGAGACACGUGACUGGGUCCAUUCGCAAGAGAUGCGGAAAGCACUGCAGGAGACGUAUGCGGAAGUGUACUUUUACGAAAUGCCGAUGGCUAUUUGAGCGUUGUUAGAGGAAACAAAGGGUACGGUGAGCCAGUUUAUUCAACUGAGCUUAUCGGUUCAUUCA